AUGCUUCUUGAUUUGUCGCCAAGCUACAAAGGAAGGCUUAAUCUAGGAGGCCCAUCCUCUCAGGAAGUCGAAGACCCGAGGGAUGCAUUCCUCACCGCGGUAGAUGACCGUUACGGUGAUGAUAUCACCGGAGGUCAAUUCGACUUCGUAAACGAUCUGCAGGAAAUUCAGCGUAAGAAGAAUCAGAAGAAGGCAUCGGGCAAAUCCCCUACCAAAGGCCAAUUCUCAGGACGCGGAAAGUUUAGUAGUGAGUCAAUUCGGCUAACUAAGCAAAUUGACUCUAAACUCAUGCUGAUUGCGAAUAGGCAAUUGCUAGCGGAGGGGUCGACAGCGCACCUAGAAGCAUUGCCGCCUACCCAAGAGUCAGAUUUUCAUGGUGCACGGACAGAAACCUACACGGUGUAUAAUUCCGAGCAUUGCGGCUUCGAUUGGAGGAAGGGACUUUGGUGGAAUAUGGCUAUUUGGGUUCUCCAUCGGAAUUCAUGA